AUGGCUAGCUUAGUUUCUAAAGAGAAGUCGGUUCAUCGACUCAAACAUGAUGUCGAAGAUUCUAUCUUGGAGGAACGAUUGAAGAUUGCCAAUGUCAUCUUACCUGAGGAUAAUCUUGAGGAUUUGGUUCAACUGCGGAUCGCGCCAGAACUCGUGUCUCGUCGUCUUCGGGCCCGUCGUGCUCGUGAACCUACCACUACUUCUGUUUCUCCUCGGCUUGCACUUCUUCAUCCUGACCGCGCUUUCACUCCUUCCUCUUCGAGUGAAAACGAAUCCGGUUCGUCAAAUGAACCUAAAAACACCAACCUUGCCGGCUCUCCUACUCAAUCUGUAUGGUCUUCACCCACAACUCCCAUUGAUAUUCAUCAACAGAAUCGUCAUGCACUCAACUUUAGCCCCACACCUGAAGCCUCUUUCAAUCAUCAAUCUUUGACUACUCCCAUAACUAUGAUUGAUGACGAAAACCAGCAGCAGCUUAAUGUGAAAUCAAGUGCAUUAGGAUUGAGCCAGCUUCCGUUGAUCUCCAACUCCUCACUUACUAAGCAAGCAACCACCUCACCUGUAGAACAUUCUCCUCGACUACGGUCUACAAGCGGGAUGACUUCAGCUUCCCAACGUUCCCCACGCGCUCAAUCCCAACCACGUAAUGCCGACCCCCCUUCACGUCGUUCCACCAAAGAUUCACGUGCGCCCUCCGUCAAACCAUCCAUCACAUCACCAUCUCCUUCUGGCUCUCAUGUACGCUCUAAGCCGAUUCACAGUCCCAAUCCCGAUCUCAGUCCUCGUCCGAAUGGCCCUAGCAAUAACUCUCCUUCUCUACCUCGUCAACGUGCAAACACACAAAGUACUGCUCAUACAUUGUCAUCCAAACCUCGACUUGGGGUGCGCUCUAAGCCGACUCCGACUCGGAAUACUACCGCACCUCUCAACCGAAAUAGAACCGCUUCAGCUGGCAGGCCACGAAGUCUUUCGGUUUCCUCUAUAUCAUCUUCUAUCCGUGAGAGCGGCGCGCUUCCGCCUUGGUCUACUGACCCUAGUCCGAGACUCUAUCGAGUGGAUCCGAAGGCAGAAGGUGUAGAACCUGGAUUUGAUGACAUGAUUCUACCUGCUGUUGCAAGGCAGCUGGAGGCCCAACAGAAGAUCAAGACUGAUCUGGCUGAGAGUUCAAAAUUGAGCGCAGUGGAUAUUUCUGAAUGGGAUCCGGCAGGCACGCCAAUGUUGAUCAGGAAAAUCACGCCACCACCACCUCCUCUCGCGGAACCCAAAGCGCCAACUCCGACUCCACCCUCCGAACAUGACCACUCUUCUCGAACUUCUUUUUCCUCCUCUUCUCGUGCCCCUAGUAUUGAAUAUCGGCCGACAGCCGAUGAUGAUAGACCCAUUCGCCCUGCUCAGCCUAAUACAUUUGAUCUUGACAUUUCAACAUCACUGGAAGAUGAAUCAUUGGUCCUGAAAUCAGAUCCAGUGCCAUCCUCAAUCUUACCAUCACCACCUACAGAUCCGCUGUGCUCGCCUCCAACCCAUCCAACAGCUAACCGAGACUCUGUUCCAAAUGAAUUCAAACCCUCUCCACCAUCGCCUGCUCGGGCUUCAUAUCGUUCACCUUCACAUCCCCCUCAAACUUCGAACCAUCCAAGCCCAUCACUUAUGCUCUCCAAUGGUCGAUCUCAUUCAGCGUCUCAUCCUUCAGAGACCUUUCAUCAAACACCAAUACCUAUGAUGACUAUGCAGCAGCAAGAGAAUUCGGUAGAAGAUACACAUCGUCAAUCUGUUUUCGAUUUACCAUCAGCAACAAAUGUUCAAGUGCCGCAAGAAACAGAUCAUCAACAACAAUCUUCAGCUAAAUGCUGUUGUACUAUUAUGUAG